CGUAACGACCAUCUCCAUUACUUGACUCUCCUCACCAAAAGAUUCAACCUUUCUCUGAUUCCCUGUUCAGAUAUGAAGCUUCUGGAGAAGACGACUGCUACUACGGAGAACGAUAAUGGAGAAGAUGUCUGCCGCACCAUCGAGGUUUCGGAGGUUGGCAGAAACGGGUUUCAGGCUCCUGACGGUGAAGCUGAUCCCUUUCGAGUUGUCUCCGGCGAUGAACUUAACCUAAUUCCGCCGCUCAACUUCUCCAUGGUCGAUAACGGUAUAUUCCGGUCUGGAUUCCCUGAUUCAGCUAACUUCUCCUUUCUCCAGACGCUUGGCCUCCGCUCAAUCAUAUACUUGUGUCCGGAGCCCUACCCAGAGACCAAUCUACAGUUCCUUAAAUCCAAUGGAAUUAGACUUUUUCAGUUUGGCAUUGAAGGCAAUAAGGAGCCAUUUGUGAAUAUUCCUGACCGUAAAAUCCGCAUGGCACUCAAAGUGCUUCUAGAUGAGAAAAACCAUCCUGUUCUGAUUCACUGUAAGCGAGGGAAGCAUCGGACUGGUUGUCUUGUUGGUUGCUUGAGAAAGCUCCAAAAAUGGUGUUUGACAUCGAUAUUCGACGAGUACCAGCGAUUCGCAGCAGCGAAAGCUAGAGUUUCAGAUCAAAGAUUCAUGGAGACAUUCGAUGUUUCCAGCUUCAAUCAUAUUCCUAUCAUGACGCCGAUUCUUCAACGACAUGCAAAGCGCAUUCUUGCUUGCGGUUACAAGAGUUCUCUGUUCCGUUCCUAUGCAACCCUAUGGUCACCCGAGGCAAGCCAAACUCCGCUUAUUCGGAUCAAAGUGGCUUUUCUUCCUACGCAACCCGUGCUUCAUCAAUGGCAGCAACAGGAGAAACAGGUGUACAUCGGAGGAGGGCUCAUCAAGAAUCUUCGAGAUUCUAAUCCAUUUUCCCAACAACUCAAGGCAUCAAAACGUAUGGGUGAAGAAAAGGUGUGUACUUUGUUUCCGGAAGAUUAUGCAGCUCGGUUUUAUCUAAUUGAGACAGUGUUGGGUUUAGAAGAAGCAGAGAAGUUCUUCAAAAGUAUCCCUUCAAAUAUGAGGGAUAACUCAGUCUACUCCACGCUCUUAACCUCUUACACGAGAUCUGAUAGUGUGAAACCCGACACUGUCACUGAAAACACUGUUUUGAAGGUCGAUGUAAAGGCGAUAAAGAUGUUUAUGAGAACGUGGGUUGAUGAAGAAGGAAUCAAACUGCAGAGAGACACGAUCGUUGAAAUGGCAAAGGUUUACGUUAGAGUUUGUUCAGAGAUGUAUGGUAACGUGGUAGGGAGUGCAAGAGAGGUGCUGCAAACUCUUUGGGACGGCUUUAAGAAGAGCGAAGAGGUGUAUCGAACAGCGGUUAGCUCUUUGUCGAAACUUGACGAUGUCGAGGAAGCUGCGGAUACAUAUGGAGAGUGGAAAGAAGAUGAACGAGACUAUCACUCGGCUUCUUAGAUUUAUAAUUUUUUCGGAAAAAGAAUAAUAUUCUCUAAAACCAAAUAAAAUUUGUUUGUUUUGUUCUUUCGUAAUUAAGUGAUGUUAUUCUC